GAAUGUUCUAUAUUAUAUUAGCUCCGGUACACUUUUUCUUGCUUUUCUGUCUGUCCCUGUCUUUCUGCGUGCAUUGUACCACCUUAGAUGUUGGCAGCAUAGUAGGUGGAGAGGACAUGGACGAAGCUUACAUAAGCGUUUAGAAUACUUAGAACUAGAAGAAAAUUAUAGCGAUAUCAGGGUUGGAAGUUUUUAGAACUUAAAUGGGCUCGGCUUGUUCAGGAUUGCCGUUUUGAACGGCUCAUCGAUUGGUGAAUCUGAUUUAGCUCGAAAAAUAGUACCAGGAUGGGACUCAGCACCCUCGUACAUUCGACUCAAAUAUGAGCUGUUUUUAAAAGCGGUUGCGGAAUUGGUGGACGGAGAGGUUUCAACUGAAGAGCUGCAACAGUCUGCUAGUAUAGUUUACGACGCUUUGCAUGACUUCGAAAAAGGAGAAACAUUGCAAAACCCCAAAGCUUUAAUCAGCCAGAAAAGGGAGGAACUUGCAGCAGUAUUUGGACAAAUUUUCUCAGAUUCAUCAUUGGUAAAGGCCGCAGAACUUGCUCACGAAUUGUAUUUAUGGAGAAGUAAGAGCUCAUUGUUAGGUCUGGUAACAACAGACGUAUCAUCCUCAGGAAGAAAAGAAACUGCUGAAUUCGGGGCAAAUCUAGACUUUCGGGUUCCAUCCGUUGAGGCCGAAACCGACGACCAUGGCUGGGGCAUUCUUACCACCAGCCAAUUUGAGAAGCCAAAUGAAUGGCAAGAAAUGUCAGAGCUUGCUCAUGUCAGUGAAGAAAGAACAAAUCAGCAAGAGGAUGUCGGAGAGUAUGGUGUUGCUGGACAAGAGCGCAGGGCGCAAGAUGACCAAGGAGGAGCUGACUUGAGAUGGUAUAAAAGAAUGUGUUAUAAAGCUGCUGAAGCUGGAGCUGGAGCUCAGUUUUCUGGAGAUGAGCUAGCUCUGGCUGUCGCUCGCGUUUUAGAAUCUGACCGAUCUGGAGACGAGAUCGCAGGAGAUUUAUUCGAUCUCAUCGGAGAUGCUUGGUUUGAUUUCAUCCAAGAACUUUUACAGCAUCGGAAGGAGCUUGUUGAUCUUAUACAGAAAGGGUUGACAGCAUUGAGAUCAGAAAAAGCCCCAGCAGUUCAGGCUCGAAUGCCCAGCUAUGGAACACAAGUGAGUGUACAAACUGGGUCAGAUCGGCAAAUAGACAAACUCCGACGUAAGGAGGAAAAGCGCCAGGCUCGGCGUGGAUUUGCUGCUGGCGGCGAGGGUGAUUCCGAUCUUGAGUGGUUGGCCGGGGUCGGUGGAUUCGCUGCACUUAUAGACUCCGGCGAAAGAAAUGUUGGAGCGAUUAAUAGUCUCAUUGGAAAAGGUGAAGAUGUUUACGGCAUAUCUGGAACUGCUUUACCAACAGGAUCAGUUCGAAAGUCUUUUAAAGGCUAUGAGGAAGUGAAGGUUCCAGCAACACCAGGGGCUACGAUAAAGCCUGACGAACGUUUGGUACCUAUAUCAGAGUUAGAUGACUUCGCUCAGCUAGCAUUCGAAGGCAUCAAAACGCUGAAUCGUAUCCAAAGUCGUAUAUUCCCUACGGCAUACAACAGCAACGAGAAUCUACUUGUUUGUGCACCAACAGGAGCUGGUAAAACAAACAUCGCCAUGAUAGCUGUGCUGCACGAGAUCGGGCAACAUUUCAAGUACGGUGUAUUACAGAAAAGUGAAUUUAAAGUCGUCUAUGUGGCGCCCAUGAAGGCACUUGCCGCAGAAAUGACAUCUGCAUUUGGUCGGAGGCUUCAGCCAUUAGGAGUUGUCGUGAAAGAACUUACUGGGGAUAUGCAGCUCACAAAGAGGGAACUUGAGGAAACACAGAUGAUAGUUACAACACCCGAAAAGUGGGAUGUCAUUACCCGUAAAACGAGUGAUAUGGCACUGGCAGUACUCGUGAAGCUGCUCAUCAUCGAUGAGGUCCACCUGCUGAACGAUGAUCGUGGGCCAGUUAUCGAAACUUUAGUUGCUCGAACGCUGCGACAGGUUGAGACCUCACAAAGUAUGAUACGAAUUGUGGGACUAUCUGCUACCCUCCCAAAUUACUUGGAGGUUGCACAAUUCCUGCAUGUGAAUCCGGAUUCGGGCCUGUUUUACUUUGAUGCCAGCUAUCGACCGGUACCCCUAUCUCAGCAGUAUAUUGGAGUUACUGAGCCCAGAUUCACUGCCAGGAAUACUCUUAUGAAUGAGAUUUGCUACAACAAGGUGUUGGAUGCCAUCAAAAGAGACCAGCAAGCUAUGGUUUUCGUUCAUUCACGCAAAGAUACUGUGAAAACAGCUCGUAUACUGGUGGAAUUGGCACAGAAGAAUGGACAUCUUGGAUUCUUUACAAAUGUUGAACAUCCACAAUAUGGGUUGAUGAAGAAGGAAAUGUCGAAGUCAAGGAAUCGGGAGCUCGCAGAACUUUUCCAGUCUUGUUUCGGAGUACACCAUGCUGGCAUGCUACGGUCUGAUCGGAACUUUGUUGAACGUGCCUUCCACGAUGGUCUUCUCAAGGUUCUUGUUUGUACCGCGACGUUGGCAUGGGGAGUGAAUCUGCCCGCUCAUAUGGUCGUUAUCAAGGGGACGCAAUUGUAUGAUCCAAAGGCUGGAGGUUUUAGAGAGUUGGGAAUGCUUGACGUAAUGCAGAUUUUUGGUCGUGCUGGACGACCUCAAUUUGACACAAGCGGUGAGGGUAUAAUCAUAACAACCCACGACAAGCUAUCGCAUUAUUUGCGCCUAAUGACUCAUCAGCUGCCCAUUGAAAGCCAGUUUAUAAGCUCCCUCAAAGACAAUCUAAAUGCAGAAGUUGUGCUCGGCUCGGUAACCAAUGUUCGUGAAGCAUGUAUAUGGUUAGGCUACACUUAUCUGUUUGUGCGCAUGUCCUCCAAUCCGCUUGUGUAUGGUAUGACAUGGGAAGAGGUUCUCAUGGAUCCGCAGUUGAAUGCAAAGAGGAAGUCUCUUAUCACAGAUGCGGCACGAUCUUUGGACAAGGCCAAGAUGUUGCGGUUUGAUGAAAAGAGUGGGAAUCUAUAUGCCGUAGACCUGGGUCGUGUUGCAAGUCAUUUCUACAUACAGUAUAGGAGUGUGGAGACAUAUAAUGACAUGCUCAAACGACACAUGAACGACAGCGAGGUGAUUCAUUUGUUAGCUCAUUCAUCGGAGUUUGAGAACAUAGUUGUCAGAGAAGAGGAACAACAAGAAUUGGCAAACUUGGUGAACAGUUCUUGUCCUUUGGAAGUCCGUGGAGGGCCAGAUGACAAGUAUGGGAAGAUUAAUAUUUUAAUUCAGGUUUAUAUUUCACGUGGUUAUCUGGAGGGAUUCUCUUUGAUUGCGGACAGUGCUUAUAUAAAUGCCAGCUUGGGCCGCAUUAUGCGUGCUCUCUUUGAAAUCUGUAUUCGCCGAGGUUGGUGCUCAAUGGCAGCUUUAUUGCUGGAAUAUUGCAAGGCUGUCGAUCGCCGGGUUUGGCCUCAUCAACAUCCUCUACGCCAGUUUGACGCGAUACUAUCCCAAGAAAUCUUGCAUAAACUGGAAGACAGAGGAGCUGAAAUGGAUCGGUUGUAUGACAUGGAUGAGAAAGAGAUUGGUGCGUUGAUACGCCAUCCAUACGGCGGGAAGCUAGUAUACCAAUGUUUACAAAACUUCCCGCGAAUACAUCUAGCUGCUGAUAUAAGCCCAAUUACGCGCACCGUUUUACGGGUGGCUUUGACAAUAUCUCCUGAAUUUUUAUGGAAGGACCGGGUGCAUGGUGCUUCGGAGAGCUGGCAUAUCUGGGUUGAGGAUUCUGAGAACGAACACAUAUAUCACUCCGAGCUGUUUGUGUUGACAAAGAAGAUGAUGGCGGAAGGGAGUCAUACCAUAUCAUUCACCAUUCCUAUCUUUGAGCCUCUACCAUCUCAAUAUUACAUUCGUGCUGUUUCUGAUACUUGGAUGCAAGCAAGUACAGUCCACACAGUCUCCUUCAAGCACCUUAUACUCCCGGAGCUCCAUCCUCCGCACACGGAAUUGCUUGAUCUAAGACCUCUGCCGGUCACUGCUCUUGGGAAUAAGGUGUAUGAGAGUCUGUACAGCAGAUUCUCGCAUUUCAAUCCCAUUCAGACUCAGGCAUUUCAUACCCUUUAUCAUACAGACUUCAACGUUCUACUUGGUGCCCCAACCGGAAGUGGAAAAACCAUUUCCUCGGAACUUGCAAUGCUGCAUCUGUUUAAUACUCAGCCAGACAUGAAGGUUAUUUACAUAGCUCCUUUGAAGGCACUUGUUAAAGAGAGGAUGGACGAUUGGAAGCGCGGGCUCGCAACAACGUUGGGCAAGAAAAUUGUUGAACUUACAGGAGACUUUACCCCUGAUUUGCUGGCACUUCUAGCCGCUGAUAUUAUUAUCUCAACUCCAGAGAAGUGGGAUGGUAUUAGUCGGAAUUGGCACAACAGAAACUACGUGACCAAGGUCGGACUGAUUAUCAUUGAUGAAAUUCAUCUUCUUGGAGCUGAUCGGGGUCCCAUCCUUGAGGUAAUUGUUUCGCGAAUGAGAUAUAUCUCGUCACAAACAGAAUUACCUGUCCGAUUUGUUGGCUUAUCAACUGCGCUUGCAAAUGCACGGGAUCUGGCGGACUGGCUUGGAAUUGAUACGGUUGGUCUAUUCAAUUUCAAGCCAAGUGUCCGGCCAGUACCUCUUGAAGUUCAUAUUCAGGGUUACCCUGGAAAAUUUUAUUGUCCGCGGAUGAACAGCAUGAACAAGCCCACGUACGCUGCAAUAACUACCCAUUCGCCGUUUAAACCAGUACUCGUUUUCGUAUCUUCUCGUCGGCAGACCCGGCUUACCGCUCUUGAUCUUAUUCAGUAUGCCACGGCUGAUGAGCGCCCACGACAGUUUUCAAACUUAUCCGAGGACGAGAUGGAGAUGAUAUUGUCUCAGGUUGUAGACACCAACUUGAAACACACUCUUCAAUUUGGUAUCGGCCUGCACCAUGCAGGUCUCAAUGAAAGAGACAGGACUUUGGUUGAGGAACUAUUUACCAAUGUCAAAAUUCAGGUGCUAGUGUGCACAAGUACUCUCGCUUGGGGUGUGAACUUACCAGCACAUUUAGUAGUCAUUAAGGGAACAGAGUUUUUCGAUGGAAAGCAAAAGAGAUAUGUAGAUUUUCCUAUCACAGAUGUGCUGCAGAUGAUGGGAAGGGCAGGUCGUCCCCAGUACGAUCAACAUGGAAAAGCAAUUAUUCUCGUGCACGAACCAAAGAAGAGUUUUUAUAAGAAGUUUCUUUAUGAACCCUUUCCAGUGGAAAGUAGUCUGGCCCAACAUCUUCACAACCACUUCAAUGCUGAGGUUGUAUCUGGGACGAUCGCCAGCAAGCAGGAUGCUGUGGAUUACUUAACGUGGACUUACCUUUUCCGCCGUUUGGUAAUGAACCCCAGCUACUAUAACUUGGAAGAUACAAGCAGUGAAACGAUCAACUCCUACCUCUCCAGCAUGGUGACGACCACAUUACAAGCUCUUGAAGAUUCCGGAUGUAUACGUGUAAAUGAAGACAAUACAGUGGAGCCUUUGAUGCUAGGGAUGAUUGCUUCUCAGUACUACUUGAACUACACAACGGUGGCACUUUUCAGUUCAAACCUGAAAAUCGACACAUCCCCGGAGACUCUGUUACACGUUCUCUCUGGUGCCGCUGAGUACGACGAAUUGCCUGUCCGCCACAAUGAGGAAAAUUUCAAUGAAGGUCUUGCGGAACACGUUAGGUACGCCGUGGACAAUCGCUUGCUCGAUGAUCCCCACGUGAAGACAAACUUACUUCUUCAGGCCCAUUUUACCAGACUUGAGCUUCCAAUCAGUGAUUACAUAACUGAUACCAAAUCCGUACUGGAUCAGAGUAUCCGUAUAUUGCAAGCUAUGGUCGAUGUAUCAGCCAACAGUGGGUGGCUCCAGACCUCACUUAACACCAUGCACCUUUUACAAAUGGUGAUGCAGGGCCUUUGGGAUGAUGUGUCCCCACUGUUAAUGCUACCACACGUGGACGAAGUAGUUAUGAAAACUCUUGCGCAAAGAGGAAUCACUACGUUGCCGAAACUUCUGUCAUCUUCAGCAGAUUUUAUAAGGAAAACUCUCAGUUCUGUUCUCUCACAGUCUGAGCUGACAAAGCUAGUCCUGGUCUGGUCUCGACUUCCUCGAGUUGAUGUGAAGUGGAGAGUAGUCAGAAGACCUGGGCCAUCCGAAAGCUCACUGCAAGUUGAAGUGCGAUUGGUGAGAAGGACCCAGUCUGCAGGUUCAAGUGCUAGGGCAUACGUUCCUCGCUUUCCUAAGGUGAAAGAGGAAGGCUGGUGGUUGAUACUUGGGAGCCCACAAUCAUCAGAGCUACAUGCUUUGAAGAGAAUUAGUUUUGUUGACCACUUGACGACGAACUUGACGAUACCAUUGGCGUCUCAGGAGAUAUAUUUGUUCCUCGUUUCAGAUUGCUACCUGGGCUUCGACCAGCAGUUUCAGCUGGGAAACAUUGUUAACUCAACUUCAAAUGAUGCAUAAAUAGAGCGAACAACCCCUUUUCUGAUAAGGUCUAUUAUUUGAGGUUGAUUAUGCUAACGAGAUCUCUCGUCAAAGGCCUGCACGGAGUUGAGAGAGUUAUUCAAGUCGAUAUCGAUAACGGAUGAGAACGUCGAAGCUUCCAUCAACAUUACAAGAUUUUUUCUACAAAAGACUUCUUGAGCCUCUCUAGCGAUCAUGAAACCGAAAUUCUGGAUAAGUUUUACCUGCUCACUACUCUCGGAUGUGGUGCAACAUCCUUAAAUGCUUUUUCUGUUAUCCAGGUCAAAGUCAAAGCUUUUGUUUCAACAGACAACCUCUAAGAGAACAAUGUAACAUAUUUGAAUUGCCUUUUUUCAAAAUCAAAUGUCUACUUGAAUUUCAAAAAUUUUCAAAAUGUUCUAGUUCAAACACCUAGUUGUUGACAUUUGAAAAUUUUUGGGACUCAUGGACUCAGCAGCU